AUGAGUGAAUCAGCGGAGGCUUUGGCUGCCACCCAGACGAGCAGAAGAAAUGUCACCAUUGAGAUCACCAACCUCACCAGCAGCUACUGCCUCAUCGACCCCAAAGUUUAUCUGAACAGCGGUAACUGCCACAGCCCCCCCCAACCCACCGUGCGCCCUCUAAAAACCGAGGUGUGCAACUUCAGCAAGACCAGCGGCAAGGCCACGGGCGCGGUGGGCGUCCUGACCUACGACCUGUUCGAGAAGAGCAACGGCGCCAAGGAGAAGCUAGCCAUAAUGUUCUCGGUGCCCUACGACAACAACACGUACAAGAACUGGUUGGCCCUGGGGAUCUACACCCAGGACAAAGAGUGCAACGAGAAGCUGUACGAGGAGAUGUAUGAGAACAAGGAGAUGCAAGGCUUCGUGAGGGCGGAGGCCAAAGGCUGCAGUCUCACGUAUGAGGGCACAUCCUUGGACAUCAAGGCCACCAUGUCCCCGCUGGGCAGGGCCAUGCUGAAGGUGGAGGUGUGGGACAAGCUCUUCACUCCCAUGUUGCAACAACAUCACUAAGCCAGU